AUGACGAUUAACACUCAAACCAUUUCUCCCUCUAUAUCCGUCGACGUUGAUGAAGACUACUCGCUGAAGACGCUCUCUCCCUCCUCUUACUCCGAUGCCCUUUCUUUCACCCUCUUAUCCUUAAUACCCGAACUUGUUGACCUUCCUUUAAUCCGUGUACCCCCUCCUCUCACAUUAUCCGAAACCCCUCUGAGAGAGCGUCGUGGCUUUGAACAGUUUAUCACUAUUACCCCUCGAUCAGAUGUUGUGGGAAAGCAAUCUGCGAAGGGACAAAUCCAACCAACGGCUGGCAGCCUCCCCAGAAGGAGAAGAAAAUCUUCUAGUAUGAGGCGUGCUGUAGUCAAAAUCGUUGAGUCGGAGGAUUCCGACGAGUCGUCAGAUUCCGAGGAUGAUGAUUAG